AGAAUGGUACCAUCUUUUUGCAGAGCUUCAAUGAGACUAUGGAUUUCAUCAUUGACACUGGUGAAAUAUUUGAAUUGUUGAAACAGGUGAACACCUAUUUGGCUAGAAGCUUGAUUGAGAUGGUUAUUCAGUACUGCUACUCUCAUUGGAGCUUCGGCGAAUCAAACGACUCUCGAGUCUUGGAGUUAUUUAGAGUACAUUGGAGGCAUCCUGGUCCAAUAGCACAGAGCCAUGCUGUGCUUAUACGGUAUUUGAUCAACAUGAGAUUGGGGCUCUAUACAGUUCAAGGUCGUUUGGAUAGGGAUACCUUAAUAAUGACAGUUUCAAAGACAAAGACAUUGCUAAGACAUAUGAUUUCUCAUUCCAGUAUGCUAGAUGCAACAAGUAUUAUUCCAAUAUUCAAACAAGCUGUCGAGUUCACAGAAGACUCGGAACUAACCAAAUUGUGCUAUUCCUUGUUGUUAAGACUUGUGGAAUUACAAACUAACGGUGAUAUCUUUACAAUACCUUCAAUGGUUAGGGAUCAGGAUGCGAAUUUGAAGUAUUUGAUCCAAUCAGGACUCUGGGUCCGCAACGCCCGUUCAAUAAGGGAUAAAACUGAAAGAAUAUGCGAAAUAUUGGCUCGGAGAAUGCCAGUGGUCCAAGACUGGUACGAUGAAGUCCAUGGCGGAUCAGUGUCAGUAAUAGAUACAGCUCCAACUGCUGGCACCCAGACCUAUAACCUGCACAGUAUUGCAAAUGGGAACGGCUUAAAAGGACUGGAUCCGCUAGCUGAGAGACCUUUGAGACCAGGCUCGUGGAAGACAAAUACAAGCUCAAACAUCUCAUCACCAGUCAGGUCGUGGACGUAUAAUUAGGCCUAUGUUAUCGUCAAGUUGUCAUGUAACCCAUUUCACGAUG